ACGUCGCACGUCACACGUCAGUCAUGUGUUAAACGUAGACGAGAGAAAUUCGUUCUAUUUUGCAUUUUCUAAAAAAUAUUAGUUUUAUAUUAUCGUUUAUUUAAAAAUUGUACCUUUUUGUUAAUAAAUCGCUGCGUGAAUUGACUCUUAACAUGAAGCUCAGUUGUAAAGCCUAGACCAAUAUUUUUAUAAGGAACUGGAAACGUAGCCAAAAUAUUCGUGACAUGGAAACGGUAAAGAAAUCUAACGAUGUUGCUGACGGGUCUGCUGAAGGAAACCUUUUACAACCUCCGCAAGAAAGUAUGUUACACCCACGUAAUCCUUUAAUGAAAGUACGCACAUACGUAUUGGCUCUGCGACCAUGGUCUCUUAGUGGGAGCUUACUGCCGACUAUGCUGGGAGCUGCACUAGCGUAUCGUUUGCCUGGAGAUAACGGCUUCAGCUGGGUAACUUUGAUGUUAACCUUAUGCACGAUCAUACCCGUACAUGGUGCUGGCAAUGUUGUUAAUACAUAUUUUGACUUUGUUAAAGGAAUAGACAAUCGCAAAUCCGACGAUCGGACUUUAGUUGAUCACCUAUUGAGUAUAGACGAAGUUGUAUCACUUGGAGCAAUACUCUACAUGUCUGGAUGUGUAUUUUUUGUGUUAUUAGUUAUUGUGUCACCAGCUCAAAUGGAACAUUUAGCCUUAGUGUACUUUGGAGGACUCUCCUCGUCUUUUUUGUAUACAGGGGGUAUAGGUUUAAAGUAUAUAGCUUUAGGUGACAUUAUUUAUUUAGUGAUAUUUGGACCAGUGUCAGUAGUGUUUGCAUUUUUGGCUCAGACUGGAAGAGUGGUUUGGCCUAUAUUUUGUUAUGCGAUCCCUCUGGCUUUGAAUACAGAGGCUAUAUUACAUAGUAAUAAUACUAGAGACUUAGAAGCUGAUAGUAAAGCAGAAAUUGUUACAUUAGCAAUAUUAAUUGGGAAAACAGCAUCACAUCUACUUUAUGCAUUUUUAUUGUUUACACCAUAUAUUGUGUUUGUAGUUGCUUCAGUGAGAUGCUCACUUUGGUUUCUACUUCCUUUGCUAACAUUACAUCAGGCAUUUGAAAUUGAAAGAAGGUUUAGACGUCCUGAGACUAUGCAGUAUGUUCCCAGACAAACAGCAAGGCUGAAUUUUUAUUUUGGAAUGUUAUACGUUAUAGCAUGUUUAUUUGCAUCUAGACUACCGUUUCUUAUUAGAGAAUAAAUUUAUAUCUUUACAAAAUUUCUGUUUAAUGAUGUUUUUGUACUUAUUAUGAGUUGUACCAGUGUUUAAAUUAGCAUAAUUUAUUAUAUAUUAUAUAACAAAACAUAUUUUUGUGCCAAAAUAGUUGUUUUGCUUGGUAGAUUAUUUUGAAAAAAAAAAAAUAUUUCAUCUAUGUUUAUGACACAUACAUAUAAAGCUCUUGUUAAUUUUGUUUGUUGUGAAUGUUGUACAAAUUGAAUUGGCAGAUGUUAGUUAUAGUUUAUUUAUAUCAUAAUCAUCACUAACCGCUAGAGAUCUACUGCUGGACAAAGGCCUACCCCAAAGAUUUCCACAACAAUUGGUCCUGUGCUGCCCUCUCCCAAUGUAUUCUGGCGAUCUUUAAAAGGAUUGUCGGUCCAUCUUGUGAGGGGUCUGGCCUACCACCACUGCAUCUUCCGGUUCACUGCCCCAACGGCUAAUUGUAUGUUUAUUUAUGUGCUUAAGUUAUUUUUUUUUAUAUUAUUGUCAUGCAUUUACAUUACAACCAUAUUUACAAUUUCAAACUGAGUAAAAUAAAGGAAUGUUAAAUUUAAGUUUAAAAUAUUAUAUUACCUAUGAUUGUGUAUAUAUUUUAAUCACUAAAAAAAAUAUACUGCUUAAGGACCAAAAAAAAUCCAGUAAACGAUAAAUCUAAUCAACAAUUCAUAUUCAUGUUGUACUUACUUUAAAGCUAAACUUUAAAGGUAGUAAGUAGUAAUAUCCAUUCAUGUAUUUGAAACUUGAAUAAUCUUGAACAAAACAAUAUGUAAGUAUGAAGCUACAAAAAAUAUUUCAAAUUUUAAAAUAUUAUUUCCCUGUUUCUUUGACUUGAUGUCAGCGAAGGUCAGGGACGUCAAUUCAAAUGUAAAACAGGAUCUAACAAAAUUUUGUGUAGUAGUCAUUGAUUGAUAAUAUCUACAUUUGGUAUAGAUUGAUACACAAUCUCCUACAUAAUAUAUCCUUAAUGAAACUACGUCUUGCUGUUAGACAACCGAUUAAAACAGCCAAGAAUAUUAUUUUAGUCUGUGUGACAAGCUAUGUCUUACACUCGUAUUUUGUAUGACACUUUGUGUUAGUGUGUGUGAAUUGCUCAAAAUAGAGGUUAGUUCUACGGUCUAUUUUUUUCAAUGUCUUCACAGCUGUCAUAGUCUAUUGAGACAUACCUAUAAAUGAUCUAUGGUCUUAUGGUAGUAAGAAAGGCAUUUACAAACUUGAAUAAAUCAUGGUAAAAGUUACUUGACUAACUUUUAACAAUUAUUUGUAUCAAUACUUGUUAUUUUCUAGUGCCUUAUACUGGGUAAAAUGUAUCCUGAAUUGUUUUAAAUUAUAAUAUAUAUACACAAAUAAAAUUCGGAAAACAAAAUUUUAUGAAUGAUGCGGGAUUCGAACCCACGACCUCUGGCGUUCCGUCCCGGUGCUCUAACCAACUGAGCUAACCGUUUGAGUACCGCCUCAUUACAAAAUUUGUGUAUUAAUCCUAGAAGUGAGGGUUAUCACUUUAAAAACAUAACAAAUUAUAAAAUAUAUAAUUAUACAACAUGAUUUCUAAUAGCAUUUCUGUACAAUAAGAUUUACUAUGCUCAUUUUUCAAGUAUAAAUCAGACUAUAAUAUAGCUAAUAAAAAUAUUAAAUUUAAGUUGGAAGUCUCAUAAUUUUAACAUAAAAACUUUACUGCUGUAGCAUGAUAGCUAUUAAUUUCUUGAAAUAAUACAUUAUUAUAUAUACUUUCAAUGUUAUCAUAAUAUAGUGAGGUCAAACAAGGUGUUGUUGCAAUUUUAUGUUUUAAAAACAUUUUCUAUGUUGUGUAUUAAAUGAACAUUGCAUUAAUUGAAAUGUGUUUGUGUGUUUGUAAUUUAUUAUGUUUAAUAUUAUUAUUAUAUAACAUGCAUAUGGUUUGACCAGUCAUUGGUUAUGACUGGGUUUCAUAGUAUGUAUUUUUAAAUGGUACAUACACAAUAUUGUCAAAGUGGUAUAUUCUAUGUACCACCUUUGAAUUGGAAGAGGGAUAGAAGUUUCUAAUGAUAAUGUCUGUGUAAGAUGGAAUUCAUUAUUUUGCAAAUAGUAUUCUUAAUGCUGAAGUGUCUGACUAUCCCAAAUGUCAACAUGGUUAGAUAUAAAAUAUGGGCUUAAUUAAAAAUGGAUCGGUGGUUAAAA